AUGAGCAGGCUAUUCUUAUCAGAAGCAAUGAGGGAAAGUGAAACCCCAGUCGUGUAUUCAACAAGUUCUAAUUUUUCCAAUUUCUCAUAUAACAAUAAACCAACCCUUUGUAUAUCGAGUUCUUAUUCACAGGGAUUCAUAUGGAAUCAAGAUUUGUUUGCCACACAAUAUGAACAAAAUUAUAAAGUCAUUUACGAUGGUCAUGAAGAUGACCUUCCUUCACUUAUUGAAACAUUUAGAAACCAUAUUAAAAGAAUAAAGAAGAAGCAUGAAAGACAUAUCUCAUUCUCGUCACCCUUUGAAGAUGAAUCAGAUAAAGACAAUGAAGAUGAUUAUUGGCAAGGUAAUUUCUCGAGUUUUCCUCCAUACGGGAGAGGGAGUAUUUACUCUGAUAGGCCUAGAAGAAAAUCUGAAAGAAGUAUUAGUUUUACCUCUGAUUCUAAAAGUGGUGUCUAUAGAAAAGCAGACGUUAUUGAUGUUGAAGUAGACUCAGAUACUCCUGAGAAUCGACAUUUGAAGUUUUUACUCUCAUAA